AACUUUCCAGUGAUAAUGACAUUCAGUACUUACUUUGUGUCAGGUAGUGUACAGGUAUUAACUCAGUAAUGCUCACAAUGAUCCUAAGAAAUAGGUAUUAUUAUUAUUAUUAUUAUUAUCCCCAUUUUAUAGCCUGAGGGAAAUGAGACACAAAAAGUUAGUGAUAGAACUGGGAUUUAAACCUGGGCAAUCUGGCUCCACAAUUGUGAACAUCUUCUUUUCCAGUAUUUUCCUGUGGUAGAGAAGAACUCAGCACUUGCCUAGAUCCUGUGAACUAUAAGGAUAUUGUCCCUCUAUCCUUACAAAAGUAAAGUCUCGCUGAACCUACUUCCUAAAACCAUAUUCACUUUAUAAAACAUCAUGCUUAUCACGUUUUGCUCUUUGACUUGGGAGUGUUGCCCCCUAUCUAGUGUCACACUGAGGGGUGUGGAACAUCAACAGGUGGGAGUUUUAUUCCUGUCAAGCUGGGUAAGUCAUGUAAUUCUCUGAGCUUCUAGGGCCCUCUACUCCCACAACCCUUUUUAGAUGAUAGUUCUAUUCUGUAAGCUUUUGAAAGAGUGUAAUUGGAUAAUUGUAUUUUCACAAUGAAUGAGUUAGAGUUACUGUUAGACACGGGGGUGUCCCAAGACUUGUGUUUGUAGAUAGGUAAUAACCCUCUCCAAGAUGAUUUCUUGGAGUCUUGCAUACUUGGGUAUACCUUUUUCUUUACAUAUAUAAACAUGUUAUCUUCACUUUUUUUUUAACUUUUACUUUUUAUUGAAGGAAAUGAGAAAAUUACAGAGACAGUGGAUGAUGCUUGGAAGAAUGGCAACUAUUGGUUUGUCUCAUAGCCAACCCCAUCCUAUAUUCUAUCAUGUCAACCUUAGAUCCAUUUAGAGACGAGUAACUGUCUCAGAAUUUUUUUGCAAUGGGCCUUGGCUGCUGUAAGGGAGCUUGACCCUUUGGGGGAGAAUUCCCUUUGACAGACUCUUGUAGGAACCAUUGAUGAGUAUUGAAUAAUACUCUGCCUGGAUUUGGUUUAUGAUGCUAUUGAAGGUGAACCACUGAAGAAUGAGAAACUGCUGGGAGGGGCAAUCUGUCACGAGCCCCGAGUAUUCCACUUGGAAGACUACAGAGUGUCAAAACAAAGACACUCUUCUUCGGGGCCACAAACUACAGAUGAAUUAUUGCUGUUAAUUCAUCUGUCUGGGUCACUCACGUAGAUGCCCUCAGUGGGGGGGCCGUUAUUUGAUGAGACCAACUGGGAUCAAGCUGUUGCUGAUGGAGCCCGUACUACUCAGAUUGCCACCAUUGUUGCCUGGAUCCAUCAUACCAGACGUAUUACACCCACCAUAGUAGCCUAAGCACAAAGUAAAACACUUAUGUUUCUGAUGGAGAGGCUACUGCUGCAUGCCAGACUGUGACUCCUUUCAAAAGUCCUGUUUGUCUAGCCUUGAGUGAGACCACAUAGCACAAGGCAUGGCCGUCACCCACUCUUGGCUAUUUUACUGUAUCAGACCUUUGGCUCCCUCUGGGGGUUAUCAGUAGUACCUCACCACUGUUGACAUGUUUUUCAGGUUAGUGUUGCUUUUCUAGUUCAGUCAACUCCAACCACACUAUUUUGGUCUUCAAACUAAUCUGUCUCAUGUUUUUGGUUAUCUUGACCACAUGCAGUCAAACAGUGGUGCAACUGUUACUGCAAAAGCCACUUAAUGGUGGGCUGACAGUCCAGGUAUUUGAUGGACCUUUAACUCUUCCAUCCAGAGGAAUUUACUUUGUUGACUGUUGGAACAGCCUAUUUAAAAAAUGUACUCAGAAGAUUUCUGACCCUACCUCUCUAACCCCAUCCUGGUCAAUAUUUAGUAAGGCAGUUUGGUCACUAAAUAUGGCUGUCCACUGAAAGCAAUCACUUCCUCUUGAAGGCUAUAUUAGAGUUCUCUGAAGAAACAGAACAAAUAGGAUAUGUGUGUGCAUAUAUAAAGAGCUGUAUUAUAAGGAAUGGGCUCAUGAUUAUGGAGUUGGAGAAGUCCCAUAAUCUGCUUCUGUAAGCUGGAGAACCAGGAGACCCAAUGAUAUCAUUCCAGUCUGAGUCAGAAGGCCUGCAAACCAGGAGUAAGUUCUAGUCCAGAAGCAGAAGACUGAUGUCCUAGCUUGCAAACAGGCAGAGUGAAUUCUACCUUACCCUGACUUUUGUUCUAUUCUGGCCUCCAACAGAUUGGAUGAAAGCCCACCAACAUCUCAGAGGGCAGUCUGCUUUACUGAGAGCUCUGAUUCAAAUGCCGCGCUUUCUCCUGCCUCCGUCUCCCCAGCCUCGGUCAUCUCCCAGGCUCUGGUGCCCGAGACCCGAGGGCCUGCCUCCGCGCCCCCGCAGCCUGGAGAGAGCGGGAGCCGAGGGCCGACGCAGAGGUCAUGGAAGAAGUGACAUCGUGCUCCUUCAACAACCCUCUGUUCCAGCAGGAAGACAAGGGAGGGGUCACCUACCGGAUCCCAGCCCUGCUCUACAUACCCCCCACCCACACCUUCCUGGCCUUUGCAGAGAAGCGCUCUACAAGCAGGGAUGAGGACGCGCUCCACCUGGUGCUGAGGCGAGGGCUGAGGACGGGGCACUUUGUACAGUGGGGACCAGUAACACCACUGAUGGAAGCCGUGUUACCUGGGCAUCGGACCAUGAACCCCUGUCCUGUAUGGGAGCGAAACACUGGCUGUGUGUACCUGUUCUUCAUUUGUGUGCAGGGCCAUGUCACCGAGCGUCAACAGAUUAUGACAGGCAGGAAUGCUGCUCGCCUCUGCUUCAUCUGCAGUCGAGAUUCUGGCUAUUCGUGGAGCAGCGUGAGGGACCUGACUGAGGAGGUCAUUGGACCAGAGGUGAAGCGUUGGGCCACAUUUGCUGUGGGCCCAGGUCAUGGCAUCCAGCUGCAGUCUGGGAGGCUCAUCAUCCCUGCAUACACCUACUACAUCCCUUACUGGUUCUUUUGCUUCCGGCUACCAUGUAAAGCCAGGCCUCAUUCCCUGAUGAUCUACAGUGAUGACCUAGGGACCACAUGGCACCAUGGCAGGCUCAUUAAGCCCAUGGUGACAGUGGAGUGCGAAGUGGCAGAGGUGACUGGGAAGGCCGGCCAUCCUGUGCUGUAUUGCAGUGCCCGAACACCAAACAGAUGCCGGGCAGAGGCUCUGAGCACUGACCAUGGUGAAUGUUUUCAGAAACCAGCCCUGAGCCAGCAGCUCUGUGAGCCCCCGCGUGGCUGCCAAGGCAGUGUGGUGAGUUUCCGGCCCCUGGAGAUUCCAAAUGAAUGCCAGGACCCUAAUGGCAAAGAUGCUCCUACCAUUCAGCAGAGCCCUCUGCUGGGCAGUUCUGUGAGGCCCAAGCAGGAAGCUGGAACACUGUCAGAAUCAUGGCUCUUGUACUCACACCCAACCAGUAAGAAACGGAGGGUUAACCUAGGCAUCUACCUCAACCGGACCCCCUUGGAGGCUGCCUGCUGGUCCUCCCCCUGGAUCUUGCACUGCGGGCCCUGUGGCUACUCCGAUUUGGCUGCUGUGGAGGAGGGCUUGUUUGCGUGUUUGUUUGAGUGUGGGAUCAGGCGGGAGUGUGAGCAGAUUGCCUUCCGCUUGUUCACAGACCAAGAGAUCCUGGGCCAUGUGCAAGGUGACUACACCAGCCCUGGUAGGAACUCUGACCCAAUUCAAAACUAAUUGGCUUAGGAUCCAACUUUCCAUAGAAGGGAAACCAUUAGAAGGCAACCAUAGCCAGGAUCAUGGAGGCCAGGAUAGCAUAGCUUACAGAAGCCUACAGGGAAUCCCAAAAUGCAAUAUUCUGCUCCCUACCUUUUUCACCUCUCAAAGAUAAAAUGAAAAAUUUGCCAUAGCUACUGUAGCCAAAGUAGCACUGAACUGUGUGAAUUGGGAGACCAUGAUAUGAUCUUGGGUCUGCCAUGCUGGCUCUGGGACCUUAAACUCUCUUUGCCUCAGGUCUCCAUCUGUAAAAUGAGAGGAUUGGUCUGUGAUUUCUCUUCUUCCUAUCCCCAGGGAAGGCAGAGGGCCUGCUUGCUGCAUGAUCAGCAAGUCCUGGCUGCACAUAGGACUCUGGUAUCAAAAUGAAAAUCACAGGACUCGUCUUUUCCAAUGACUGAGGUUCCAAGCAGAUGUCAUGUCAUGAAGAAGGGUCUGGAUGAUUUGUUCAGUAAUAGACGAGCUCUAUAGGCUAUCCAAGAGGAGUUGGGCAAAACAGAAACAUGGGGUCACCUCCCUUCUUUAGCUUUGCAACUCUGCGCAACCUGCCCUUACGCAUCCAGAAAGCAUUAUUUCCUAGGGAGAGACUGAGAGGCUCAAUACCAGUAGUCCAUAUUGUUUCUGAUGGCAUUAUUUCUAUGAAAGAUAACCUGAAGUUCAUUUAUUAGGAUGGUUCCUGAUGAGAAAAAGACAUGACUUACGGCUUUAAAACAUUGGACAAAACUUCCCACAGUCUCUGCCCUCAAGGAGCUCACAGUUUAUGAGGCUAGAAGAGGGAGAAAAUUUUUUAAAAAAUGCAGUUGGUGGGAUAGUUAGUAGAUGUUGGGCUCUAAGUUGCAUAACUGAAGCUCAUCAUCUUAGUUGCAUCUUUAUUGUGCCUGGAGUCAUCUGCCCCGGGGCUUGUCCAGGCUGCUAGGUUUCCCCUAAGUUUGUUUUUCUUAGACUAUUGUCCCAGCCCAGCCACUCUAUUUGCCAGUGGAGAAACUCUUCACCCUUAGGAAGGUCUUGGACCUUCCAAACCGCUGAGUCUGGCCUGCUUGGACCUACGGAAAUCACUGUUUGCGAAGUGAGAUGACCCUUGUCUAAUAAUUUUGGGGCUGAACUAAUACUGGGUCUCUCAGAUGAUACCAGAUUGGUUGCUCUUAUUUUAGGUUGUUUCCCCCGUAGCCUGUUACUUUGAGGGAAACUCUAUUAUGAGAGAUUUCUUUUUUGUCCCUCUUAAAUCGGUAUAUCAGCUAUAUACAGGGUGGGACAAAAGUAGAUUUACAGUUGUUCAUAUGGAAAAUAAUACAAUAAUUAAUAAAUAAUAGUACAAGAAUAAACUGUGUUUCAUGUACUCAGAACUUUGUCCUACCCUGUAUAUAUGGCGCUAGGUAAUGGCCCAGAGAGCAAGUCUUAGUGGUAGAGCAUAGCCUAGGAUGCACCCGUCAGAUGGGGGAGUAGUCCUAUGGGAGGAAAGUAGGGAUUAACUUCACCUACUUCAGCAGGUAGCUUAAGCCAGUGUCUUACGGUGGCCUGUCAUACAUUCGUCAUUAUCUUCUCAGUAGUCAGCUAUGAUCAUUCACUCAUUUAUACAUUUAUGUAGCUAUUUCUUGAGUGCCUGUGCAUAAUAAUGUAAGGUGUAUUCUGUUGCCAUUUCCUGGUUGAAAAUAAUUUGUGGCUCCUCAUUGCCUAUUAAAGGCUACAAUUAGCCUGGCAUGUAGGAUGAAAUAAUGACUACUUAUCUCUACUUCUUUAUGUGAAGGCCACUGUCAAGCCCAUUGUCAGGUUGGCACAUGGAGGCAGGUGGGGUGAGGUGGACAAGAGUGGUGGUGUAGGGGGAGGAUUGAAAGGGCAUCCCCCUCCUGAGUUCUUGUUCAGCAAAGCUUUCCAGAGCACUGCACUCUAAAUGGAUAGAAAUAGGCAAGAUGGCUAAGCUCUACAUCAGGGCUAAAGGGUGGAGAGAGUGAGAAUAUCAGGACUUCUUUGGGACUAUCCAAGAAGGGAGGGACGUCAGUCCCAUGCCAGCGUGAACCACAGAUGUCCAGUAUGAGUACUCCUAAAGACUUAUCCAGCUCUAAAUUGCCCUGCCCUUUCUCCUUCCCCUUGCCUCAUGUUUACUUCUCCUUAGCGAGAAAUUCCCUUAAUAGGCAAUGAAUUUCCUUAAUAGGCAAAGGGCCUAUGUGCACAUUUUGGGAGUAGCAAGAAAAGCGGUUUGGGGACAGGCAUAAUCCAGAAUGAGGAUUAGCGAGAGGAACAGAUGGGUGAUGGCAGCUGUGAAGAAAAAGAAUAGCAGGUAGAAGUCCUGGCACUUGGAGAUAGAAAGGACAGACAUGAGGCCUAAGCUGGAGAGAUGGUGUAGGUGGUAGUGCUGUGAAGAAGAAAUGAUAACUGGCUGGCGCUGUUCCCUGUGCACAGGCAGCAGGAAAAUUCCUCCCAGCCGUGUAAUUUUAAGCUGGCUCUACUUGAUGAACAAAAACCACUAUAGGCACUCAACUCUGUGCCAGUUACCCAGGUCUUCAGGGCCCUGGGACCGACACCGUGAUGCUGGUAUCCUAACUAAGCCCACUUCAGCCACUUUCAGGUUGGUAGAAUGAAAAGAUAGGGCAGGUGAUGGCAGCUGUGAAGAAAAGAGGAAAGACUGAAGGCCUCUGAUAUAGAGACAUGAAGAAAGGACUGCAUAGGUUGUGGUCCUUUGCUCCCAGAUGCCCCAUCCUGUCCUUGAACCCUUAGUAUCCAUCUAGCAAAGGUGGCCCCCCAGGGGAAGUGCAAGAAUGCGCCGGUAGUGAGUGGCCUCCUGCUGGUAUGUGCCCUUGUUCAAUCUGCUGGUCCUGCUCAUGCUCCCUAACUCUUGGUUCCUCACUCCUAGGCUCCUAAUGUUUACCUCAGGCCUUUGUUAUUUGGCCCUUGUUAUCUGGAUCAGUUUUUCCUGGUCACCAGUCUCCCCGCAGAUAUCCACAAGGUAGCAGAUAUCCACAGGGUAUCGUGUAACUACAGCCAUAGGGAAGAGACCUUGCAGCCUGCCUGUGGGGUAGCCCGAGGGACCCACAGAGGCCACCCUGAGGCUGCACAGCCUCUGCCCCAGGACAGUGGGAUUCAGUACUUCCACUUGGACCAGAUGAAAUUGCUCAGACUUCCUCAGGAGGCCGUGAAUUUUUCCCACUGCGUUAUUCAGUAGGUGUCGUGUCCUCCUGUGCUGCCACAGUGCACAGUCUGAGCCUCCUUUCGGUCCUUACCACAGGCUGCCCUGUUAUUGUCUGCUGUGCCCUCUAGGCCUCUGCUAGUCUGUGAACUCCUUGAGGGCUAAGUCUGACUCCUCACUGUAUCCUCUUUACUUUGAACCACAAUGCCUUGUUAUAUCAUAUGCUAGAACAAAUGCUUUUUCUACCAUAUUUUGAUUUCCCUGUUGAGGACUCUGAGUCCUCUCUGUGCUCUGCACCCAACACAGGGCCUGGUGCAGAAUAGACAACAGAGAAGCUAUGCUGAAUUAAUAAAGGAGUUAAAGACCCUUGGCCUUGGAAGCUAACUGAGAAGGGUAGGGUGAGUUCCCUCAGGGAGGAGCAUGUCGCAUCCCUCUGGGUUCACAGCACUCUAAAGGUGCUGAACACUCACCCUACAUGAGUCUCCCGUGUGCUGGCCUGCUUCCACGUCAGUCACAGGAUUUCCUGGGAAUGAGCUUUUCUCUGGCUGCCUGGAUAUCCUAAGGAUCAUAGCCCAAGCCCAAAGCAAAGUCUUGAUUUGGGGUUCUCAUUUCACUGGUAGCCCCCUCCCCGAACCUAAUUGGAUUUUCUAUAGCUACCGCUCCUCCAGGACUCAGAGGGAGAUGCCGGGGCUCGGCAUGUUCCACGCCUGUCUUGGUUCUGUGAUACUAGGAGCCACAAAUGCUCUCUGUACUAUGAAAACCACCAUGACUCUUUGAAACAAGGAAGAUGAAUAAAAAGCAUAAUUCCGGCGACUACUGGUUUUGUUAUUGUUAAGGAAACUGAGAUCAUAAUCAUUCUAAUACUUACAUCUAGUUUAUACCCAGCUUUUUUUUUUGGAUUCGAGGCAUUUUCUUGCUUUUCAUAAGAACUUUAACUUUCAGAAAACAUUAUCAUAAUAAUCCUUCGCCCUUUUACAUACUGUUACUGGAACAUAGCAAUUGAGGGCAGCAGGGCAGAGGGGACCAUGGCUGGUCUGAUGACACAUUAGCUGUAAGUGGAGGCGCCUGGGUGCGCAGAGUCCCCCUCUGGCACCAGCCUCGGUGCUGUCAGCCCACGUCUAAUUUCUUUUUUCGAAAAUACCUUGAGAUUACUCUCAACGUGCAGUUGGAGAGGCCACAGAUAUCUGCCUCAAUGAAGUGGGGUGAUAGCUUUUUGCUUGACUUUCUCUUUGUUACAUUGGGGUGCUUAAGGCACUACUGAUUCCGCCUCAUUUCGGCAUAACUACUCCAGUCCUGUCACUAGGUCAGCUGCCUUUAAAAAAACAUACACACAAAUUGACUAUUGAAAAAGUUUCAAAUAGACAUAUCUUUUGUCGUACCACUGAGAGUCAUAUAAUGAUGAAAGAAUGAAGUUGAGAGAACUGUGAAUUUGCCUCUAAAAAUAGUUUUACAAUAAUUCUAGGAUCAUAUUUUAAAAUCCAAUGAUCUUUUUUGUGUGUUUUGUUAGAUUGCUUAAUGUCUGAGGGACCUCUGGGUUUGAGAGGAAUAUGCACCUCUAUGUAAAUUUUAGUGCUCCGUUUACUAAACUCGUUGUCAGUAUAACAUU